AUGGACGACAAGCCUAUCGACCAGCACGUCGAACACCACGACGAAAAAGACCCUGAAAAGGAUUCACUCGACGACAUCAACAACCUGCCUGUCUCGUGGUUCGUGUGGGUUGUCGCUCUGACAGCGUCGAUUGCCGGUCUGCUCUUUGGCUACGAUACAGGCAUUAUCUCUGCGGUGCUCGUCUACAUUGGCGACAGUCUCGACCAGCAUUCUCUCUCCAGCAAUGAGAAAGAACUCAUCACGUCACUAUGUUCUGGUGGUGCUUUCUUUGGUGCCAUUGCUGCUGGACUGACAGCUGACAAGCUCGGUCGGAAAUCCUGCAUCUACAUGGGAUGUGCCCUCUUCACCGUCGGCGCCGUCCUCCAAGGCGCUUCGUAUAGCAUCGCCCAAAUGGCCGUUGGUCGAGCCGUCGUCGGACUGGGCGUUGGCUCUGCGGCCAUGGUGGUUCCUCUCUACGUCGCUGAGAUCGCACCCGCCAAAGCACGCGGUCGUCUCAUCGGACUGAACAACAUGUGCAUCACCGGCGGACAGGUCGUGGCAUACGCUGUUGGCGCUGGCCUCGCCAACGUCAGCGAAGGAUGGCGAUACAUGGUGGGCCUCGGUGCCGUCCCAUCCAUCAUCCUAGCCAUCAUGCUCCCCUUCUGCCCCGAGUCACCCCGUCACCUCGUCUAUCACAACCGUCUCGACGAAGCAGACCUCGUCCUGCGCAAAAUCUACGCCAGCGCAUCUCCCGGCCAGGUCCUUGCCGUCCGCCGCUCCAUCGUCGAAGCCUGCGACGAAGCAAAACGCAUCGGCAGCGAAAGCCGCUGGAGCAAGAUCCAACAACUACACACCACCCCCUCCAACCUGCGCGCCCUCUUCUGCGCCUGCGGCCUCAUGGUCAUCUCCCAAAUGUCCGGCUUCAACACCCUCAUGUACUACUCCUCCACUCUCUUCUCGCUCGUCGGCUUCGACAACCCCACGGCCGUCGGGCUCGUCGUGGCCGGCACCAACCUCAUCAUGUCCGUCGUCAACACCCUCGUCGUCGACCGUCUGGGCCGUCGCAAACUCCUCCUCAGCACGUCCUGGGGCAUGUGCGCAGGCCUCAUCGCCAUCGCCAUCGCCUUCAUCUUCAUCCCCGUCGACACAGAAACCAUGACCGUGCCCUCCGCCAAAAUCAACGCCCCCGCCAUCGUCGUCCUCAUCUUCGUCAUCUGGUUCGUGCUCUUCUACGGCGUCUCCGUCGGCAACACCGCCUGGAUGAGCGCCGACUUCUUCCCGCUCGAGGUCCGCGCCAUGGGCACCAUGUGGCUGACGUGUUCGAACUGGGCGACUAACGUGAUUGUGUCCAGCACGUUUCUGUCCAUGAUGCAGGGGAUGACGCCAUCUGGCACCUUUGGCUUCUACGCGGGGAUUUGCGGGGUGGGAUGGCUGUGGAUCUUCUGGUUCUAUCCGGAGGUGUCGGGGUUGCAGUUGGAGGAGAUCCGGCAGGUGUUUGAGCAGGGGAUUGGCAGGGGGAAGUUCAAGGUAUGA